CGGGCCCGCCACGGCCGCCGGGGCGCGCACCAAGACCAAGCGGAAGCACUUCGUGCCGCAGCGCGUGAAGCUGCCGCGCGCCGCCGACCCCUUCCUGGCCGUGCUGUGCUGGGGCAUCCACCACCAGGAGCCCCGCGGCCCUGCUAAGCGGUGCUGGCCAGCCUGGAGGUGGCCAAGGAGAUCAAUGAGCUGAGCCAGGUGCCGCUGCCCAUCAUGCUGCUGCCCGAUGACUUCAAGGCAAACUCUAAGAUCAAGGUGAACAACCACCUCUUCAACCGGGAGAACCUGCCCAGCCACUUCAAGUUCAAGGAGUACUGCCCCCAGGUCUUCCGCAACCUGCGUGAGCGCUUUGGCAUCGACGACCAGGACUUCCAGGUGUCACUGACCCGCAGCCCCCCCCAGUACGAGGGUGAGGGCAGCGACCGGCGCUUCCUGCUCUCCUGGGACCGGACGCUGGUGGUUAAAGAGAUCUCGAGUGAGGAUGUGGCUGAUGUGCACAGCCUGCUCUCGCACUACCACCAGUACGUAGUGCAGUGCCACGGGAACACGCUGCUGCCACAGUUCCUGGGCAUGUUCCGCACGGGCGUGGACAGCGAGGAGCGCUAUGUGCUGGCCAUGCGCAACAUGUUCAGCCACCGCCUGCCCGUGCACCGGAAGUAUGACCUCAAGGGCUCCCUGGUGUCCCGAGAAGCCAGUGACAAAGAGAAGGGAAAGGACCUGCCCACGCUGAAGGACAUGGACUUCCUGAACAAAAACGAGAGGGUCUACGUGGGCGAGGAGGCCAAGCGGGAGUUCCUGGAGAAGCUCAAGAGGGAUGUGGAGUUCUUGGUGCAGCUGAAGAUCAUGGACUACAGCCUGCUACUGGGCAUCCACGAGGUGCCACGGGCCGAGGAGGAGGAUGAGCCUGAGGAUGACGACGGGGGAGACGAUGGCACCGCCGGCCUUUACGGCGCCUCCCCUGAGGGCCUCGGCAUUGCCGGCGACUUUGGCGCCCACCGUGCCCUGGGCCCCGGCGACUUCGACUCGCGUGUGGAUGUGUAUGCUGUCCGCAGUCAGGGCGGGCCCUGCUGCGAGGUGUACUUCAUGGGCCUCAUCGACAUCCUCACCCAGUACGACGCCAAGAAGAAAGCGGCACACGCAGCCAAGACUGUCAAGCAUGGGGCCGGCGCUGAGAUUUCGACAGUGCACCCGGAGCAGUACGCCAAGCGCUUCCUGGACUUCAUCACCAACAUCUUUGCUUAGCCCCAUGGCCAGUUGGUCGCCCCCCUGCUCCUCUAGACCCCCCCUCCCCCACACUCCCUGGUGUUUGCUGGGCAGACGCGGGGAUCCGGCCCCCCCUGCCCUGGCUGCAGAGGACCCCAGUGUCCUGGUGUGGAUCAAGUGCCUUAUCUUUAAUCCUGC